AAGACAAUGAACGCAACUUCCGGGUUAUUCUGCAUGUCGCUGUUCACUCAUGAUUGUAACUGUUUUUUAUUUUCACGGUUUUUAAAUUUCUCAUAAUCAUGUCCCGGGGUUCCAGUGCAGGUUUUGACCGUCACAUUACUAUUUUCUCUCCGGAGGGAAGACUUUAUCAAGUAGAAUAUGCAUUCAAGGCCAUAAAUCAGGGUGGUCUUACAUCAGUUGCUGUUCGGGGAAAGGACUGUGCAGUAGUCGUCACACAAAAAAAAGUCCCAGAUAAGCUUCUAGAUGCAUCCACUGUUACUCACUUAUUCAAAAUCACUGAGAACAUCGGCUGCGUCAUGUCGGGAAUGACAGCUGACAGCAAGUCUCAAGUGCAACGUGCUCGCUAUGAGGCGGCGAACUGGAAGUAUAAGUAUGGAUAUGAGAUUCCAGUUGACAUGCUUUGCAAAAGAAUAGCUGACAUCUCUCAGGUUUACACACAAAACGCAGAGAUGAGGCCGCUCGGCUGCUGCAUGAUUGUAAUUGGUGUAGAUGAGGAGCUGGGGCCACAGGUAUAUAAAUGUGACCCUGCAGGUUAUUACUGUGGGUUCAAGGCUACGGCUGCAGGCGUGAAGCAGACAGAGGCAACCAGCUUUCUGGAGAAAAAAGUGAAGAAGAAACUUGAUUGGACGUUUGAGCAGACAGUUGAGACAGCAAUCACCUGCUUAUCAACUGUUCUGACAAUCGAUUUCAAGCCAUCUGAGUUGGAGAUUGGUGUCAUCACGGCAGAGGAUCCGAAAUUCAGGAUUUUGUCAGAGGCAGAAGUGGACACUCACUUGGUCUGUUUAUCAGAGAGGGACUGAUGUGUCCAUUGUGCUACUCAGAAAGUCCAGGGAUGUGUAGGAUUCCGGUCAAAGCCCUUGUUGUCAUGUAAAUUCCCCCCGUUUCAUUAAAUACAUUUUGAGAAAAAACUUUUAAGACUCCAGCUGCUUCUUUUACUUUUUUCUUUCAUAUUUAUCAGGAAGUACAAGGAGUAAACUUUUAACAGGGCAAUCACCAAGCACACCCAUCUUUCAUUUUCAUUUAUUCUGUGUUUUCCCUAACCAGGAAAUAUUGUAAAGAAUUCUUUCUGAAUGUAGUUAUGUCUUAAAUGGACUUUGAGUCAGAUGGGGCUGACUAGAGAUGAUCAUGCAAGGAAAGUUAAACACAUGCUUUUGUGGUUUAUACAUAGUGUAUACUUAAUCAUGUGACUCAUUCAUAUUGCUUAGUAUAAAAUUUUUAACUCUCCAUUGUAACAAAAAAAGUUUCUGGUAUGAGGUAAUAUGAAAGAUUUCACGGAUCAACUUGGCUAUGUUACUAAUAAUCUAAACAAAUUUGGAUUUUGAUGUUUAAGUGUGAUUUUCGUUAUUUAUGGUCCUAAUAUGACCACCAUAUGUAGCUACCAUAUGUUGACCUCAAGCUAUUGUGUGUGUAUAAUAUCUAAAAUGUUUGUAUAAUAAUAAUAAUAAUAAUAGUUGGAAACCACCCUUCUCCAUGUGACAUAGGGAUGAUAAUGUCCGUCAUACUCUAGUCUUUCCAAAGGAUCUAGUUGUAUAAUUCUCAUUCUCAGGAGAACAAAGAAAAGGAAUUUCCCUAAAUGUUAAAAUUCCCAGCUGUUUAUUUUAUUAAGGUCUUAAGAUUUAUAGAUCUAUAAAAAGAUUUCUAGAUUUAUUUACUUUGAAUCAGUAAAGCGGACAUCUGUCAAAUCAAUCAUUUCUUUUGUCUGAAUAUGCGUUUAUUAUAC